AUGCCUUCGUCCGAAGACACUCCUCUGCAGCAGACUGAAGAUGUCGCCACUGUCAAGAAACACAAAAAAGGGAACAGCACCAAAGCAUACAUAUCUAUAGUCCUGCUAGCUGCAUUACCCUCCAUUAUCCUCUCAGCAGCAACCGCGCUUCUUAUCGUCUUCACAUUCCGCAACCGCGUAAUUCUUAGCGAUGGCUCAAGCGAACUACAGACACCCCAUACAACGGGCAAUUCAUCCCUAGCCUCGAAAACUGUUAGAGAAUUUAUCAAGACUGGAGGUUCCGAUGCUUACUAUAUACAAUUCAACCCGUCUACUCUAACUACAAUUGCGUCCAUUACUGGGAAAUUUGUCCCAUACCUAUCGAGCGCUAUCAUGGCGCUGGCGGCACUUUUCGCUGCAGACUUUGUUCAGAAAACAUCGCAAAAAGAGCAGAAUGACAAGCUUCUAACGCCAAAUCAAUUGUCGUUACUAGUUGGACUCUUUUCUGGCCGAUUGGAGGAGUUAUGGAAAGCUGGCCGCGCGCGAAAGAGCAUUGGGGGUAAAUUCGUGGCCCCAAUUUCAUCUACACUCACUAUUCUCAUUAUUGUCUCGGCCUUGGGUGUCCUUAUUCCAGCGGUGGAUACUUGGUUCGGCAUUGUCGUCAAGCCAAGCGAGCAAACGCAACUAAACUUCACCACCCCUUCAAACCACUCUUUUAGCCGAGGAUUCUUACAGGGAAACGAUUGCAGCUAUUCCGACUACCACUACCCUUGCGAAGCUUUGGAAGGAUAUGGGGCGGACGGCAACUUUACACCAUAUCUUCCAACCGACAAGGAGCCUUUCAAGAUUCUAAACAAUAUUUCCACCGAAAAUAUUGUAUCUAAUCUUCCCUCAAACUCAUCACAAUCCCUCUUCUAUCUUUUAGAUGCAGCAGCAUCAUCAAACUUGGACUUUAAAGCCAACGCCUUCGCCAUCUCUACUCAGUGCGCUAUCAUAAGCGUUCGAUGCCAGCAGGACGGUCGGAAUGUUUUCGACUGUACAAAGAAGCUUUCCAAUCAGGUCACUUCAGUGACCAAAGUCAACUUCAAAUUCUACGACGACUCAAGCCUGCAACAAAACAUUUCCUAUCCCAAUUAUUCUUUCCUCAAUCCGCUGUACUUUACUGUCUAUCUCACUGUAGGAACACAAUUUGGACCGGCAGGACCAGGCUUGUUGACUGGCACGUUGGGGUUUGGCUGCUCCAGCACAAUAUUCGAUGCCACCUAUGCGUGGGUAGACGGGUCUAUAGCCCAAUUCAACGUUACCCCUACGAACGGCUCUAUCGGCGGUGUCAUGUCUGCACCAUUCAUCAACGAUAACGCAAACAUCUCGCAGCAGGCUAUCAUGUCUUCCAUGGCUAGGCUCAGCACCAAUUACUCGGACGUUGUCCCUCUCACAGCAGCUGCUUUCUCUCACAGUGCGCUGGCACUAUCCCAUAUUGGAAUGGAAAAACGAGCAAAUAUCGUCGAACAGUCCCGGUCAAUGCUAUCCCUCACGCGCGUCCCAAUUGUACCCUUUUAUAUCCUGAUUGUGCUUAAUGCGCUAUAUGUCUUGUGUACAGUGUCGUUGGCUACGGCUGCCAUGAUUUGGGCGCAUCCAAAGGAGUCGACGGCAGUAAAAGCACAACUUACCAUGGAAGGAUUCAUGACGGCAGUCUUCAAUGGAGAGGGUAUCAGGGCUCAGACACAAGACUCGGAGAGUUCCGAUGGGUCAUCAAGCCGUACAGUGGUUGUUAAAGAAGUGCCAAAGAUUGCCAUUUUGAAGACGGACCAAGGAGGUUGGUCCUAUGCCACAGUGAUGACAAAUGGCGAGGGAGCAGUAGUAAAGUUGAUACAAUCAAGUAGAAAUAUCCGUUAUACAGAAUUGGAGUGA